UGAUAUUUGCCGUUUCUUUGGGCAUUGCUGCUUAUUCGACUUAUGCCGAGCGCAAAGUGGCUGCUUUUAUGCAAGACCGUAUUGGGCCUGACCGCGCGGGACCUGCUGGAGUUUUCCAGCCUUUAGCCGAUGGCUUAAAAAUGAUUAUGAAAGAGGAAAUUGUGCCAGAAACUUCUAAUCAUUGGCUUUUUAUUAUGGGGCCUGGGCUGGCUAUGAUGACAGCUUUGAUGACAGGCGUGGUUAUCCCAUGGGGCAGUCCGCUCAAUUUUGGUGGUGUAGAAUAUCCUUUGCAAAUUUCGGACAUUAAUAUUGGCAUUUUAUAUGUUUUUGGCGUUGUUUCCAUUGGCGUUUAUGGCAUUAUGAUUGGUGGUUGGGCUUCUAAUAAUAAAUAUUCAUUGCUUGGUGCGCUUCGGGCGAGUUCUCAGAUGAUUAGCUACGAGGUAGCGAUGGGUAUGGCGAUUAUUGCGAUUAUUAUGAUGACAGGUUCGUUGAGUGUGCGUGAAAUCGUAGAACAACAAUCAGGCAGCCUUUUUAAUUGGAACAUAUUUUAUCAGCCGUUGGGGUUUUUGAUUUUUUUGACGUGUGCGUUUGCCGAAACCAAUCGUGCGCCAUUUGAUUUGCCAGAAUGUGAAACAGAAUUGGUGGGCGGUUAUCAUACCGAAUAUUCUUCGAUGAAAUUGGGUUUUUACCUUUUUGCGGAGUAUAUUAAUAUGUUUAUCUCGUCGGCGAUUAUUUCCUGCAUUUAUUUUGGUGGCUAUAACAUUCCUUGGGCAGAGCAAAUGGGGCUUUCGGGCAAUUUAUUGUCUAUUUUACAAGUAUGUUUUUUCUUUGCAAAAGUUUUCUUUUUCAUUUUCUUUUAUAUGUGGGUACGUUGGACGCUUCCGCGCUUCCGCUAUGACCAGUUGAUGAAUUUAGGCUGGAAAAUAUUAUUGCCAUUAUCAUUGUUAAACAUUGUAUUGACAGGUGCAACUAUCAAAUAUCCUGAGCAAAAACGCGAAAUCGCCCCAGUUUAUCGUGGACAACACACCUUGAAACGCGAUGAAAAUGGCGCAGAACGCUGUACGGCUUGUGGGCUUUGUGCCGUAGCCUGUCCUGCCGAAGCGAUUACGAUGGUCGCCGAAGAACGCAAAAAGGGCGAAGAAACCCUUUAUCGGGAAGAAAAAUACGCCGCAAUUUAUGAGAUUAAUAUGUUGCGUUGUAUUUUUUGCGGACUUUGCGAAGAUGCCUGCCCUAAAGAAGCUAUCUUUUUGACGGAUAGAAUGGUGCCUACCAGCUUUGAGCGCAAUGAUUUUGUGUAUGGCAAAGACAAAUUGGUAGAACCUAUUGGUGCACGUAUUGAUGUGACAAAACGCCAGACGAAAGAUGUCGCUGCUUUUAAAAAUGACCAC